GGGUCUUACCCUGUGGUCCUUAGAGAGUCAGUCAAUCAGUGAGUCUACGGGUUGGUCUACGUGGUGAGGAGUGGGACUGUCCUGUCGUGCACCUGACACCAUGGACGAUUACCCGAUGUAUGGUUUACUUGUUGGGUUCUCCCUCUGGGGGACCCUCUGGCGUCUCCUCUUUCCCUUGGGGUUCUGGCAAACAUUCACCUGUAGAGUAGAUACCAGGGGGGGUGCCUCCACCAAGCCCUAUACAAAGGAAGAGGAGGAAAAGAUGACCGCCAUACUGAAGGAGAGGCAGGAGAAGAAAGAGGCCAAGAAAAGGACCUUGAUGGAGGCACAGGCGGCGAAGUUGAAGAAGAUAGAGGAGGAGAUGGCCAGAGAGAAAGAAAGACUGAAGAAAGAAGAGGAGGAGAAACUAAAGGAGGUGGAAGAGGAAGAGGAGGAAGAUGAGCAGCCACUGGAAAGGAGGAGAGAGCAACGAGGGCAGUACAGUUGCAGUAAAAAUGAUGAGAUGAAGAAGAGGAUUUCAGAGUGGGUUGCCAACUUGUCUUUGGGAGAAGAGGAGGAGGUAGCCAUGUAUAUCCCCAAGGACGAGCAGGAGGCCGCCAUGAAGGAAUGGGAUGCCGAAGGAGAUGCUUUGAAGCGGCAGGCGAUGGAAGAUGCGAAGAGAAUAGAGUGGAAGUUAAGGAUGAUGAGGGAGAAGAAGAAGAGGGUGGACGCGGCAAGUGCAACGGUCAAAGAGUUGGAGGAGGUGCAGAAACUGAGUCUACAGUUGACCUCCCAAGUGGACCUCCAACGAAAAGUAGAGAUCAUUGCCCAGAGUGUCGAGCGCUUGGCCCGAGUGCAGGAAGAACAAUAUGAGUUUAGUCGAAGCGUUGUAGGAGCCGAGGUGAACCAUCGCCUCGAGAAGACCGAACGAUUUUGCGUCGGCGCCAUUGAAGGCGUCAAGGCGACGGCUCCCAAGGAGGAAGAGGCACGUCCUCGCAGGGAGCCAGUCAAAGUCAAGUUCCCUGAUUCCUACAGUGGAAAGAGGGAAGAGAACUUUGACAAUUGGCAGGCCAAUGUGAAGACCUAUGUGCACCUGCAGCAGGUCUCCCCAGAUCAGCACGUGUUGAUAGCCAUCCAUGCACUUAGAGAUGAGGCAGCCAGUUUCGCGAGGUCCCUCGUCCGCUCUGCCAACUGCAAAUAUGAUGCAGUUACCUACUCUUCGUUCACCCCCCUCAUAAAUUUCAUGAAAUUGUUGCGCGAGCGAUUCGCUGACGUCGCCCGCAGUGUUAAAGCCUCAGAUAGGCUGCAGACCAUCCAUUCUCGCCAGUGGAAGAGUGCCAGGGCACUCAAGGGUGUUAUGGAUGAGUGGGUGGUUGUUCCUGACCACGGGGUCACAGAGACCCAGUUGGUCAACCUCUUCUACAGGGCUAUGCCCGAAUCGCUGCCUGGCCACUUCUUUGCGAAGAGUCAAGAUCCUGCCAUGACGUACGAUGCACUCAGCAGGGAAGUGGUAGCCUUUGAGGCAAAGUCUGUGUCAGUUUCCACUUUUUGGCACAAAGACUUAGACAAGGGAAAGAAGUGGAAAGGUCGCACCAUCUCAGGGCAGGUGAAGACCAAGGAUAGUCUUGUCCUUAGUUUAGACGAAGGUAGUGUUAACGAGAUCCCCUACGAACAGAUUGAGUGGGGGUUAGAGGAUGAGGACAGCGGUGUGAGUCAGGGGAGGACUUACGCUGCUAUCGCGGCUGGAGGGAGGCCACAAGGAGGAGGACGAGGCCAGGGCCAAGGGGGCCGGGCCCUGGGGAACCGAUCUCAGGGCGAUCAGGGGGUUGGCGGCAGAGGAGGGAACCGCCAAGCGGGAGGCAGGGGUCAAGGUCCCCCGCGAAACCGUUCCGGGAAUAGGUCUCCUUAUAGGACAGGCGGAUGGCACCCAGGGCUACCGCAGGGCGUGGCUGAGGAAUUGAAGGAGAGGAUGCCCGCCUGGGCCAAGAUGAAAAAGAAACAGAAAGGACAACUCAUAUUAGUAGAUGUAGAGAUCUUCAGAGGUAGAGUAGGGGCCCUAGUAGAUUCAGGGGCUACCCACAGCUAUAUUAGUAGAAGAGCUCUGCAGAAGUUGAAGCUGGGACUUAAGGUUCAAAAGUUAGCUGACCCCAUAGUUAGUAUCCUCGCAGACAACCGUACGAUGGUUGUAGAGGACUAUGUAGAGGGAGUCCAGGCGUAUUUCCGCCUAGAGAAAGAUGGGAAAGUGGAAAAAGUUCUCCACUCCCUGACUCUCCUCGUAGAAGACAGCCUCCCAUUCGAUAUCGUUCUGGGGAUGGAUUGGGGAGAGGCAGUCGGGGCCACACUCCAUUUAAAGGAGCACAAGUGUAGGCUCCCUAGUCCUUCAGGCGAGGCUAAGGCUGCCCGCCUGUUUCAUGUGUCAGGAAUAGAGAACCCCCUGGCACAUUGCUGCCUUAGUGCUCCUGCAUUUGCAAGAUUAGUGAAAAAGGAGCAACUGGAGGAACAGGUCUUUGUUGCCUACGUUAGGCCAGUGACUGAGCCUAAAGAGGAAAAGCCUAUCGACCCUGCUAUUGCCAAACUGCUGGAGGAAUUUAAAGACUUAGCUGAGCCGCCGUCAGGAGUAGUGCCGCGGCCCAUCCAGCAUCGCGUCGAGAUACAGCCUGGCAGUAGAACUCCGAAGGGCGCGGUGUACAGGAUGUCCCCGCGGGAGUUGGAGGAGCUUCGUAAGCAAUUAGACGAACUCCUUGAGAAGGGUUGGAUUAGGCCCAGUUCGUCUCCAUUUGGAGCACCUGUUCUCUUUGUCCCCAAGAAAGAGGGAGAGUUGAGGAUGUGUAUAGACUAUAGGGGUCUGAAUGCUAUCACAGUGAAGAAUGCUGAGCCACUGCCUAGGAUAGAUGAUCUCCUAGAUAGAGUGCAGGGGGCCAAGUACUUCUCUAAGAUAGAUUUAAGUCUGGUUAUCACCAAAUCGAGGUGCAUCCUGACGACCAGUACAAGACAGCCUUCCGGACUAGUCGUUUACUUAGACGAUAUUUUAGUGUUUAGUAAGACCCUCCAAGAGCAUCAGGGUAAUCUGCAACAGGUCUUGGAGAAACUAAGAGAAGCUAACUUCAAGAUCAAUGCCAAGAAGUGCGAAUGGGCAAAGACCCAAGUAUUGUACCUAGGCCACGUCUUAGACGGAGAUGGCGUCAAGCCAGAAGAUUGCAAGAUCGCAACGAUUAGAGAUUGGCCCACACCGCGUACAUUGACAGAGUUGCGGUCAUUUAUGGGCCUAGCUAACUACUAUAGGAAGUUCGUAAGGAACUUCUCCACCAUCGUUGCGCCCCUUCGCAGAUUGCUGAAGAAGGAAGUGAUCUGGAAGUGGGACAAGGACUGUACGUCUGCUAUGAAGAAGCUAAAACAGGCAUCGAUAGAGUUUCCAGUCCUGAAAGUGGCCGACCCGUCUUUACCUUUUGUCGUCACGACUGACGCGAGUCAAUACGGAAUAGGUGUUGUCCUACAGCAAGACGAUGACAAUGGAUAUAGACCCGUAGAGUUCAUGUCAGCUAGGAUGCCUUCAGAGAAGGUAGCGACAUCCACCUAUGAGAGGGAACUCUACGCUCUCAGGCAAGCAUUAGAACAUUGGAAACACUACUUGCUUGGGAGGCACUUCAAAGUCUAUUCAGACCACGAGACGUUAAGAUGGUUGAAGACACAGGCUAAGAUGACACCUAAGUUGACUAGGUGGGCCGCAGAGAUAGACCAGUACGACUUUGAGCUCAAGCCAGUUAAAGGGAAGUAUAAUGUAGUGGCGGACGCUCUGAGUGGAAGAGCUGAUUACUUUGGGGCCAUAGUGCACUAUUUGGACAUAGGGAAAGACCUGCAGCAGAAGGUUAGAGAGGCAUAUGCGCAGGACCCUAUUUACAACGAACUCCUUAAAAGAGUCAAGGAAGCCCCAGACACUGAACCAGAUUACCGCACUACCGAGGGGUUGCUUUUUUAGAAGACUAACGUAUUUGACCGAUUGUGCAUUCCCAA